CGAAGAAGCUAGUGCACGACAGACGCAUUUAUUAACACGUUAGUGGCGCUCAGUUGUACAUAGUUCAACUGCAAACUUAUUUAAAUGGUCACUCUCAUAUUAGCAGAAAUACGUGAUGAAAAACGGGUUUUCAUAGAAGAACUGAUUAAAAAUGAGAAAACUAAUCAUUGGAAUUAGUGGGAUGACAAAUGGCGGAAAGACCACUCUGAGUAAAAGCCUUCACCAUGUUCUGCCAAACAGCUGUGUUAUUUCGCAAGACAACUUCUUCAAGGAUGAUUUGAUGGUCCCUAUUGAUAUCAAUGGCUUUAAGCAGUAUGACACUCUGGAUGCACUGCACAUGGACAGGAUGAUGAGUGAAAUUAACUCAUGGCAGGAGGAUCCUGAGAGCUUUAUGUUAUCUCGUGGUCUUACGCUGAAAUCCACAGCAUCGCUGCAACCCAAUGUGUUUGUUCUUAUAGUGGAGGGAUUCCUAAUUUUUAAUCAUGGGCCUCUUAAUAUCUUAUUCGACAAGUGGUACUUUCUACAGAUACCUUAUGAGACAUGCAAAGAAAGAAGAAGCUCAAGAGUCUAUGUGCCUCCAGAUCCACCAGGCUACUUUGAAGGGCAUGUUUGGCCCAUGUAUCUGAAAAACAGAAAAGAAAUGGAAGAGACAGUAAAUGGCAUAGUGUUUCUGGAUGGAACACAGAAGAUGGAGAUGUUGCUCUCCACUGUUCUUGCAGAAAUUCAGGGAAUGCUGAUGGAUAUACAGAGCUGAGUUAUCAA